AUGAGUGUUCCAAAUGUAGCAAAUGAGCCGACUCUCGGGGCAAAUGUGAUACUCAGAACUGUGAGAACUACUGGAGGAAAAAUAGCACUCUUAGCCAACUCCACAAGAGAGGCACUGCAAAAGUUAUUAAAAGAAGUAGGUAAACAAGAAGUUCAAAGUUGUUUACUUCUUAUUGAAAAAGCCACAAAAGAAAAAGAAAUAAUGCCAGAACUCACUAUCCCCUCCGCCCAAAUCCUUUCAGUAGAAAAACUUCCAGAUAGAAAGCUCUGUAAAUACACUUAUUUUAAUACCCAAAUGGGAAUAAAAGGCUCCUUUUGCAGUGAUAAAAAAGUAAAUCAUAUUCCUGAAAUAGCUGGCGAGUUACGCCUAUCAGUAAAUGAAAAUCAGUCAGAAAAAGCCUUUCAAAACUUUGCUCAGAAUAUCCAAAAGUUUGAAUUACCUGAGUUAAUCAAGUUUGAAAAACCCUUAGAAGAGAAAGUUGUAAUAACUAAACUCAAAAAGACUAUCACUAAACUUGCCCCUUGA